GCGAGUAGGAGCAGGGGGAAAAAGAGGGAGGCUGAGGGCUGCGCUCCUUCUCCACACAAAACCCUCACACACUCCUCUCCCACGUAUUGCCGCGUCCUGCCUGAGGGAGAUUUAAAAAAUAACUGAAACCGACGCCUGCCCAGCCUUCUGAGAUGUCCUUGAGCCAGUCCUUGAGAUUACCUUGUUAUAUGGUUUGGAAAAUCAGCUGAGUUGAAAAAAGGUCACUUGAGAGUGUUGUGAUUUGAAACAAUGGAUGAGCAAUCUCAAGGCAUGCCAGGCCCUCCUGUUCCUCAAUUUCAGCCACAGAAAGCCUUACGACCUGAUAUGGGCUACAAUACUUUAGCAAACUUCCGAAUAGAAAAGAAGAUUGGCCGUGGACAGUUUAGUGAAGUUUACAGAGCUACAUGUUUGUUGGACGGCGUGCCAGUAGCUUUAAAAAAAGUGCAGAUAUUUGAUUUAAUGGAUGCCAAAGCCCGUGCUGAUUGCAUCAAAGAAAUAGAUCUUCUUAAGCAAUUGAAUCAUCCAAAUGUAAUCAAAUACUAUGCAUCAUUUAUUGAAGACAAUGAACUAAAUAUUGUGCUGGAAUUAGCAGAUGCUGGAGACCUAUCUAGAAUGAUCAAGCAUUUCAAGAAGCAGAAGAGACUGAUUCCUGAAAGGACAGUUUGGAAGUACUUUGUUCAGCUCUGCAGUGCCUUGGAGCACAUGCAUUCACGACGCGUCAUGCAUCGAGAUAUCAAGCCAGCAAAUGUAUUCAUUACAGCUACAGGAGUAGUAAAACUUGGUGAUCUUGGAUUGGGAAGGUUUUUCAGCUCUAAAACCACGGCUGCUCAUUCUUUAGUGGGAACACCUUAUUACAUGUCUCCAGAGAGAAUCCAUGAAAAUGGGUACAACUUCAAAUCAGACAUUUGGUCUCUAGGAUGUCUCUUGUAUGAGAUGGCUGCACUGCAGAGUCCAUUCUAUGGUGACAAAAUGAACCUGUAUUCCUUAUGUAAAAAGAUUGAACAAUGUGACUAUCCGCCUCUUCCAUCAGAUCACUACUCAGAAGAACUGCGACAAUUAGUUAAUAUGUGCAUCAACCCAGAUCCAGAGAAGCGACCGGACAUCACCUAUGUUUAUGAUGUAGCAAAACGUAUGCAUGCACAUACCGCCACCAGCUAAGAGACUUGGCAGCUUAUGAAGAGAAAGGAAAAAAACAAGCAAACCCACCGGAAUCAUUCAAGUAUUGUUGUGCAAAACCUCUUCCACCUUUUCUCCCAUUUGUCUGUGUCACCUAAGGUUUAGUUACAUGCAAUGAGCAUGUUUAGCAAUUUUGUCACAGAGUUAAUAACCUAAAAUGAAGUAUUUUUUUAAGUUUUAAUGGAAAACAUGGAACAGUUCUAAACAUGACUAAAUAAGAAAACCGGAAAUCCUUUCUGACUUCUGAAAGCUGCAAUUUCACACUUAUUUCUACAUAAAGAGCAAUGAUUUUACAUGGGAAUAAUAUUUUGUUCUACAUAUCAGAAUUGCGGUUUUGCAUGUGAGCACAACAGUGGACUCCUUAAAGGAAUACUGUUGAAACUGCUCCUCAUUUGUUUUCAGUAAUGAGUGGAAGUGAUGAAUCAGCACAAAUUGGUGAAUUUAUUGUUCAUUAGUGAAUAUAUUGUUCCUUUUCCCUAGAGGCAAUUAAUUAAUUAAUUAAUAGAAUUUUAUUUUAUUUUUUAAAAAAUGAAUUUUGCAGUUUAUGGUUUUCCUCAUCAAGAUAAAUGUAGAUAAAAAACCAUUUUAUUUGCUGUUGAGCUUUGAUGCAGCUGCUGAAUGUGAAAAAGAAUUGGUUUUAUUUUAUUUUAUUUCUGAGAAAUUGUCCAACACUGAAAAAAGAAUAAAUCUGGUCAGCUGUUGUUGUUUUUAAAAUCCUUGUACAGUACCUUAACCUAAAACUUGAUAUCAUGUAUUUGUAUUAUGCUGUGCCUUGCUGCUCCAAGCCUCUGGGCGAACAGAAAAGAGUGGUGUAUUUGUACAGGGCCUAGGAUUCUGGUUGCAUCAUUGCCACAAUCUGUAGGUCUCAAGAUGGCGCUCCACAAAGUUAAGCAUUUCCAAAUCCCUUUUCAUUCAGUGAUGGAUUGCUAAGCACGUCAUGACAAAGUGCCUAAUCUGGGCUGAAUUUAUUCAGAUAAUCUUUCAUGCUAUAUAUUGACUUAGUUUUAAAGGCUAGUUCAGCCUUCCCCAGGCUGGUGCCCGCCAAAUGUUUUGGAGGACAAGUCCCAUCAGCCAACAAGUUAAUCCAGGCUGAGACAGAUGAAAGGUGUAGUCCAAAAUAUGCAGAUAUUACCAGACUGGGGAGGGCUGGGCUAGUUUACACCCAGCAACAUUCAGUAUAUAGUACACAUUAUAUAAAAUGGCCAUCACACAGAAAAUGCUUGAAAUGUCCUAGGUAUGGCAUCUUCUCCUUGUGCUGAAGCUCCCAGGGUGAAUCAGAGGACUCUUUUAUUUUCCUUUUUACACCACUGCAAACCAGCAACAGGAAUGGGUUUUGGCUACCUAGAUUCAAAUCUUCAAAGGAAUAGGCAAUCUAUGUGGCAGCCAGUCAUUGAUAUGAAUUGUCCGUUACAAUGCAGACAUCUGCUUCCUAAAUAAUUUAUGUGUCUUAGAAGGGUAUUUUGUUUCCCGAAAACGUUCAGUUGAGAUUUUAAAAAGAGAGUUUCUUCUUUUCUUUCUUUCUUUUUUUUUUUGCAUUAAGCUUAUAUUCCAAAGCGAAAUCAAUAAUUAAUUGAAUAAACAUUCACGGCCCUGAACGGGGUAUUUGUUGUGGAGUGUGGAAGCAUUAUGUUGUAGCUCCAAGUGUUGUUUUACAUAGUCCUUUAAAAUCCUGACCGGACAACCUGCAAAUCUAUGAAGUGUCAAAGUGGGUUGGUUAACAGUUACAGCGGUUGACAGGCAGAAUUUUAAUCCACCUGUGACACAUUUAUCUCUGAGAACAAACAUGAAGCCAUACAGUAUUUUUUUGUGUGCACAUUAAACCCACAGAUUUUACCAAUUCACCAUGCAGCCGUGAAUUAUUACUCUGCAGUUAGGCUCAUCAGCAUAAAACUUUGUAUAAUACAGAAAAAUGCAAAUGCUCUUCUUGUGCUCCUGAUGCCCAGGCUGCCAAGCAACCUGCACUCCUCAGGAGGCAAUGCCUAACAGUGAAGCCAGGCAUGGCAUCUUGGUGAAUCUGAUACGCGGCAGUCGCCUGACACGGAGCAGAGCCAAAGGCAGGUUCGGCUUCCGUAAUCAAAGCUGCUGCCUUCCACCACUGGGUAAGAUGCAUCUGUGGGGAGACGUGGGUGCAGUGAGUAAAUGGCAACAGUAGCAAGCUGCCACGCCAUGGCAUGGCCAGAUCUCCCUACUCCUGACCAUGAAGCAAAAUGGAAAGGUUUACUAAGUCCCUUCAUGGGUUGCUGUGCACAGCUGGUGGGGUGCAUUUGGCUUGGUGGACACCAUUCAGGCAGGUAUAAUCCAGAGCUUUUUUAAUUGUAAGUGUUCAUGCCACUUGAAUGCCCACAGCAAUAGUGGGAUCCACUGUGCACCCAAUCUCCUAGAUCAGGGUCCUAGCACAACACGGGUUUGCGUGGAGCCGUGAUUGAGCUAGUUGAAAUGAUGUCCUGCUGCCUUAACCUACAAAAUUCAGAAGGUGAAUGCAAUAUGAACACUUCCGUUAGGAUGAUCUGUUAUACUUUCCCCCUUUUUUUUACCCUGAAUGAGGCUAAAAAUAGGUUUGCUAAAAAGAGGAUAGAACAAGAUAGUAAUCGCUCGAUCCUCGUUGCCAAGUGCUACUAUGCAAAAGUAUUCCAGCCUUUCAUUAAGUCUGUUACACCCCAUCUCCCUCCACCCACUUUUAGGUCAUUUUACAGGCCCGAGGGAGAAAGACUGCUGCGUUUAACAUAGUAAUAUGAUUUUUCACCAGGUGUUCCAAGGCUUUACCUUUUGCAUGUUUAGUUGGAUGUCGCGCUGAAUUCUGUAGGUCUCACUCCCAAGUAAGUGGCACAAAUUGCAACUUUGUAAAUUUCACAUGUGUACCUUUAUUACAAAAUGCAUGUUUUUGGGAUGCCAAAACCUGCUUCUAGAAGAAAAUAGUGUUGGCAAUAAUUAUGAAGCUUGCUAAGCUAAUAUGCCUACAGAAUAAAGGUGUUUAAAAAAUAAUAACAAUAAAAGAAAUACUUCCAGUGUUGAUAAUGUAAGGUGCAUUCUGUCGAAGGACCAAUUGAGUUGAUUUCAGAAGCCAGCAAAAAGAACAUUUCUGAUGAGAUGCUUGGUAAGCUUACAUCAUAUUAAGAAGGUCAGGCUGGGCACCGACACCAUCCAGGCACUCUACAAUGGCAAAACGAUUUGCUACGCCACACAAAUUCAUUGUAAUGAAGAUAGCUCUGCCGGUGGAUCACUUGAGCCUUCUGUUCAUGAUCUCUUCUGCUUGCCAGGGCUUCUAGGACUUGGAAGCAACCAAAGGGUAAAUAUGAGAAUCCCACUUAACAAGUUGCAGUAAAAGCAAGGGAAGAAAAAGACCUAUUCAUAAGUCCCUAGAAGUGGCACGCCUUCUCUUGCACUGUUCUGGUAACACUGGAAGGAUGACAUUAUAUAAUACAGGUUGGCAAGGUGGAAACUUCCCAUGUUGGUAUCGCCAGCCACAAGCAGAAGCAUGUCUUCCUUUAAAUGCUACUGGAGCAGUCAAAACUGAUGAAAAAGCUGCAGUUCACACUUUGGUUUUCCCUCCAUCUGUGCAAUAUCUCAUCUUGCUCUCAUUAGCUCCCUUCAUAGUUGAUAGUGGAAAAGGAGAUGAAGUUAUGUGACUUCGCUUCUACAAAACCUGGUGCUUGUUAAUGUGUGUAGAAGAUAGUGGCAGGGUGGAUGGAUGGGUUGGCAGUUUGCCGAAUCAUCUUACCCUGUUUGCCUGGUUCCUUGCCAGGUAUCAGAAAGUGGAAGGGUUGAGGAAAAGAAUCGAAAAAAAGCUAGCCGCAGACAGUAUAGGUUCAAGUGCAGCAGAGGUGGAAUUAUUUUCACUGGAACUUCAUUCUAUCCAAGCUCAAUUCUAAUCAAAGGCCAGUCUACACUUCCUGAUAAGAGUAAAAUAGAACUACUUACUCAGUGUCACCUAGGGCUAAUCUUUCUGACAGUGUAUACUUAUAUGUAACAAGUUAAUAAAUGCCUUAACUUUAUCUUCAGCACUCAUGGAAAAUAGACGUUUGUGUAGAUGACUCUUUUGAAAUGAAUGUAUUAAUCGAUAACCAAAACAUGUAUAAUUUUCUGCUGCCUUAUACUCAGUUGUACUGUAAUAUUCCAAAUAAUAUUUGUCGUGCUUUCUGCACCCACUCUCCGCACAAGGAAUUGUACUCUUUGUUUGGAAAUCUGUGUUAUACAAUAUCUUAAUAUAAAAAGGCUACACAAAUUAAAUAAAUAAGAAAGUGAAA